UAUCCCCUACACCUCACCAAACUGCCUAACUUUUUCUUCGACUUUUCAUGCUCACGGCUCCACCAAAAAUGGAUACUGUCAACCCUUUGGUUGUUUCUGGUUUGAAAAUGGAGGGGAUUGGAAGUGAUACGAGGAAGAAUCCCUCGCUGAUUUGUGUUCCAAUAAUGGCGGAUGACAUUGAUAAGAUGGUGGCUGACAUGGUUAAAGCUGAAGCUUCCACUGCCGAUCUUGUGGAAAUUAGGUUGGACAGUCUCAAGAAUUUCAACCCUUUUGAAGACCUCAAAGUUUUAAUCAAACAAUCUCCUUUACCAACCCUCUUCACCUACAGACCAGUAUGGGAAGGUGGCAUGUAUGAUGGUGAUGAGAAAGAGAGAUUAGAUGUUCUUCAAUUAGCCAUGGAGUUAGGAGCUGAUUACAUUGAUGUUGAGCUUAAGGUUGCUCAUGAAUUCAUAAAAUCCAUCAAUGGAAAGAAACCUGAAAAGUUCAAAAUUAUAGUUUCUUCUCACAAUUAUGAGAACACUCCAUCUGUUGAGGAGCUUGGCAACCUUGUUGCGAAAAUACAAUCUACGGGAGCCGAUAUAGUGAAGAUCGCGACAACAGCCGUUGAUAUCACUGAUGUUGCACGGGUUUUUCAGAUAACUGUGCAUUCUCAUGUUCCUAUAAUUGGACUUGUCAUGGGUGAGAGAGGGUUGAUUUCACGGAUUCUCUGCGCAAAAUUCGGUGGUUAUCUUACUUUCGGAACUCUAGAGCCGGGAGUUAUUUCAGCACCUGGUCAACCAACUAUCAAUGACCUGUUGAAUCUAUACAAUUUCAGGCAGUUAGGUCCGGAUACGAAAGUGUACGGAAUUAUUGGGAAGCCUGUUGGUCAUAGCAAAUCACCCAUGCUCUUCAAUGAAGCAUUCAAAGCAGCUGGUGUCAAUGGAGUCUAUGUUCACUUACUAGUGGAUGACUUAGCAAAGUAUCUUGGAACAUACUCAUCCACUGAUUUUGCCGGAUUCAGCUGUACAAUUCCUCACAAGGAGGCUGCGCUGAAGUGCUGUGACGAGGUAGAUCCGAUUGCUAAGUCCAUAGGAGCUGUUAAUUGCAUUGUAAGGAGUCAAAUAGAUGGGAAGUUGUUCGGUUAUAACACAGACUAUAUUGGUGCUAUUUCUGCUAUUGAGGAUGGACUACGAGCUAGAUAUAACAUAAGCAGUAUCACCGGUUCGCCGUUAGCCGGUAAGCUGUUUGUAGUUAUUGGUGCCGGUGGUGCUGGGAAGGCACUUGCUUAUGGUGCAAAACAAAAAGGAGCGAGAGUUGUUAUUGCCAAUCGAACCUAUGAACGAGCUCGAGAGCUUGCCAAUGUAGUCGGAGGAGAUGCUUUGUCUCUUGAUGAUUUAGCUCACUUCCACCCACAGGACGACAUGAUUCUGGCCAACACAACAUCCAUUGGAAUGCAACCUAAAAUCGAUGAAACACCAAUACCCAAGGAUGCUUUGAAAUACUAUUCACUGGUUUUUGACGCCGUUUACACCCCGAAAAUAACCCGACUCUUGAGAGAAGCUGAGGAAACUGGAGCCACAAUCGUUUCUGGAUUGGAGAUGUUCAUCAGGCAAGCCUACGGACAGUACGAGCGGUUCACUGGUUUGCCAGCACCCAAGGAGCAAUUUCAGAGAACCAUGUCCAAGUACUAACAAGCUUGAAUAUCGGAUCUGCCGUCAAUCGUUGGUUUGUGUUACUACUAUUCAUUUGGGGAAAGUGCAUCAAAAUAACAGUGUUUGUAAGAACUUGUAAUGCUUUUCAAUAAUCUCCAGCUUGAUGUAUUUUUAUUUCUAAUUCAGUAUCAACUGAGGGUGAUGAAUAUUUUUGGAUUUCUG